AUGGUUGACACACAUAAACUGGCAGAUGAAGUGCUUCAGUUAUUGGACAACCGUAUUGAUGACAAUUACAGGGUUUGUGUUGUCCUAGUCGGCUCUCCGGGCUCCGGUAAGUCUACCGUUGCAGAAGAACUGUGUCAAGUCAUAAAUAAAAGAUACCAUAGCUUCCUAUCGGCACAUCCAGACGCUAUCCAAACAAGUGGGGCGUUAGAAACCGCGCUUGAUUUGGCAGGCUCUCUCAAAACGCUCCUUCCAAAUGAAAUAGCUGCUCUGAAUAGAAAUCAGGGGUUGUUCACAGAUCACGUCGAGGAUGUCGAUUUCCAACCAGUAAAGUAUCCAGGUUCUACAUCAGAUAAUAAGAAAUGUACGACAGUAGUUGGUAGGGGUGGUACUGCGAAUGCAAUAAAAAUUGUGGAAGUUCAUGAUCCAAUUAGUUUUGAUCAGUCGGCCCUCGAUAGUAUUAACAUCGCACAAAUAGUUCCUAUGGAUGGAUUCCAUUUGUCUCGAAGAUGCUUAGACUUAUUCGAAAAUCCUGAGGCUGCCCAUAAAAGAAGAGGUUCGCCACCGACUUUUGACAGUAAUAAUUUCUUGCAAUUAUGUAGAAUUUUAGCCAAGACAUCCCUCUGCAAGGCCCCUUCGUAUGAUAAAUCCUGCGUAACGGCAAGUGUUUUCGAAAAAAUAUCCAAGACUUUUAGCCAAGCGGUUCCUGAUAUUUUUAUCCCAGGGUUCAACCAUGCCUUAAAAGAUCCAACUCCGGACCAAUACUGCAUUUCGAGAUUUACAAGGAUCGUUAUCUUAGAGGGACUGUAUUUACUAUAUGACCAAGAAAACUGGAGCCAAAUCUAUGAAACAUUAGCCAACACAGGAGCCCUACUUGUCUACAAGAUUGACAUAGACUAUGGGGUUACCGAAGAAAGGGUAGCCAAAAGGCAUCUGAAAUCAGGCUUGGUGACAACUAUUCAAGAGGGAAAGGAAAAAUUUCGCAGUAAUGAUUUGUUAAACGCCAAGGAUAUAGACAGACAUCUCAUCAAGGUUGAUACCGUUGUCCACAUCCGAAAUGAUUAG